CCGAUUAACGACGCUAAUCUCUACAAUGUUUAUCGACGUAUUAAUAAGCCUCUUAUCAGUUCCUAUAAUUGAUUAUCAAUCUAUCGAUCAAGCCAAUCGCGUGCCAUGGUAUGUAUUAUUUUACAGUUUCUCGCGUCGCGAAUAUAUAAUAUGCUGCCCAAAAUAUAUUUAUAUUAAUAAACGAUUAUGUUAUUCAACGGACGAGCGAUUUGAAAAUUUGAAAGCUGUAAUAAUCUUUUUAAACAAAAAAAACACAUGGCGGAGAAUUGGUUGGAUGAUGUGGAGAGAUGGAAGUGGAACUGGACCGAGUUGUGUGGACGUCGUGGUGACAUUGAUCCAUUGAAUCCCGAAACGCAUGACUUAAGUAUAUGUUUCCAGCAGCUCUGUCUUCAGAUACCAGUAUUAGCUCUCAUAGCUAUAAUUUCUGCGUACCACUGUGGAAAAAGUCGUCCACACACGUCCUCGUCUCGGCGACAGCACGCUAUAAACAUAAGGAUCCUAAUUACAAUAUGCCUCGUGAUAUUGCCUGUCAUAAGGGCAUACAUUAUUUUGACUAACACCUUCAUACCUCUGGUGCACGACGAGGUGCAAGACCACAGCACGCCAGUUCCCAGGAGAUUGGACGUUUCCGUUCACACGAGCGUAAAUUCGUCGUUGGAGGACGAAACGGAUAUCAUAAGCAGGAUACGCGAUGGAUUGAAUCGCACUCUUAGAUUUGCCGAGUCAAUCUUGUCGCCAGAGAGCGGCGUUGGGAACACCGUUACGACUCCCGCUGCAUCGUAUAUCGAUAAUUACGAGUCGAAUGUCACCGACAAAUCCACCUCCGCUAAGCCGGUGGAUUAUCUCGUGGCGGGAACCGAAGGUUUAGCAUGGGUUGUACACCUUUGUUUUAUCUUAAGCCUGAAACGUGGACGCAAUUCGAACCCACGUGGGCCGGUGUUAAUGCGAGCAUUGAUAUUUCUUCUGAUCGUCGUUUCCGGGCUGUUGUUGCGCAGCCACAUCAAUAACAGGUCUAAAGACGAGGUUUUGCCGAAUUUAUCAUUGGGAUUCAGUAUCACCGUGGUCGCUCUCCUGAUACUGUACGCCGUGACAUUGAUACCCGGUUCUGGCAGGCCGGCACAGACGAGAGCACCGCGAAAUGCCACAGUAGGAGAACGCACUGCACUACUGAGUAGCCCCACUUCUUCGUACGUACAAUUUCCGGACGAGCACGAUCCGAGCUACCUCGGAAUAGCUAUGGAAGAUACAACCAUCUUUUCUAAACUUCUGUUCCACUGGGUGACACCGCUGAUGGAAAAGGGUGUGAAGGGGUUGCUAAAUCAUCCCGAUGAUUUAUACGAUUUACCCGAUCAGAUCGGCACCAAUGUAAUCAGUCAUAAAAUUGACAAAUGCUUACACAGCAUGCCGAAAACUGCGAACAACGGAGUCGAAAGUAACUCGGAAAUACCGCUUCAUCCGAACGUAAAAGUAGUUACAAAAAAAGUGACGCUGUUCUACUUGCUGCAUCAAUGCUUUGGCUGGGAAUUUUACGCAGUUGGAAUAUUAAAGUUUAUCGCAGAUUGCAGCUCGUUUAUGGGACCAAUAUUAUUAAAUAGAUUGAUAGGUUUCAUUGAAGAUAGAAAUGAGCCGAUCUCACAUGGAUACCUAUAUGCGUCCCUUAUAAUACUGAGUGCUAUAAUUGGCGCCUUUUGUAAUACGCACUUUACAUUUUGGAUGUCUGUUGUGGGCUUGAAAUUUCGUUCUGCAAUUAUCACUUUAGUCUAUCGAAAAACGUUGCAUUCUUCUAACACUGAUUUAAACUCCAAUUUUAAUUUUGGCGAAAUUGUUAAUUUUAUGAGCACCGAUAGCGACAGAUUGGUCAAUAGCUGCCCUAGUUUUCAUACGUUCUGGAGUAUACCGUUACAGUUAUUCGUGACACUGUAUCUUCUGCAUAAGCAAAUCGGAGUUUCGUUUUUAGCCGGUGUUGCGUUUUCAGUAGUACUUAUACCAAUUAAUAAAAUAAUAGCAAGUAAAAUUGCCAAACUCAGCACUAAACUGAUGGAAUAUAAAGAUCAAAGAGUGAAGCUGAUGGGGGAGGUACUGCGCGGGAUAACUACAAUUAAAGUUAACGUAUGGGAGGAGCACUUCUUACGAAAUAUCUUCAAGAUAAGGGAGAAUGAAGUAAAAUAUUUACGAGGUAGAAAAUAUUUAGAUGCCCUUUGUGUUUAUUUCUGGGCAACUACACCUGUUAUUAUCGCAAUACUGACGUUUGCAACGUACGUAUUGCUCGGAAAUGAACUAGAUGCCAAAACGGUUUUUACCAGUAUGGCGUUGUUGAACAUGUUAAUAGGACCUUUAAAUGCGUUUCCAUGGGUUCUAAACGGCCUUACGGAAGCGUGGGUGUCUCUUAAGAGAAUUCAAAGAAUGCUGGAUCUACCGGACAUGGACGCGUCAUUGUAUUAUACAGAUAUUACUCCUGACGUUGAUUUAUUGCUGCAAAAUGUAACAUUAACUGUGAACCGUCCGAGGAAUAACGAUAUUGCUACAAAUGCAAGCCCGAAGGUUGUGUCUCCAUCUUCAAGCACCGACAUUAAGAAAAGCGUUACCUUCGAAGACGACGACGUUUUCGCCUUGUAUAAUAUUAAUUUAUCUAUACAAAAGGGACAAUUGAUUGGCGUUAUGGGCAAGAUUGGAAGCGGAAAAACUUUACUCUUAGACGGCAUUUUAGCGGAAAUUACCAAAACCAGUGGAAUAAUUGCGGUUAAUGAUGACCACAAAGGUUUUGGAUAUGUGAAACAAAAUCCUUGGCUGCAACGCGGUACAAUCCGAGAUAAUAUUCUGUUUGGUAAACCAUAUGACCAUAACAAAUACAAGAACAUUUUAAAUGCUUGCGCGCUCACGUCCGAUUUGAAUUCACUGCCCAACAAAGACUUGACGGCCGUUGGCGAAGCCGGGAACACUUUAAGCGGCGGCCAAAAGACGAGGAUUUCCCUGGCUCGCGCUAUAUAUGCGGAUAAAGAUAUUUAUUUGUUAGACGACAUAUUAGCGACAUUGGACGUCAAAGUUGCCCGACACGUUUUCCAGCAUGUGAUUCUGGGCUUGCUACGAAACAAAACCAGAAUACUGUGCACGCAUCAGACUCAGUACUUGGUUCAUGCAGAUUUGGUUAUCGAGAUGUCGAAAGGAAAAAUUAUUAAUCAAGGAAAACCGAGCGACGUGCUGCCCGAUUUGGAGGAUUAUCUUCUGUCGUCGGAUUCCGUCGAGUCCGACAUGGACGUCGCCUCUAUAAGGGCACUGCCGAAUGAAUUUAAUCUAUCGGAAAAAGAGGUGGAUCCAUUGCUUGACAAGGAAGCGACCGAGAAGGGGACAGUACAUUUCUCGGUGUAUGCAUGCUACCUCAAGGCCACAGGGCGAUACUUGGCGAUUUCGAUAUUUCUCUCUAUGAUUCUGAUGCAAAGCUCGAAAAACUUUACGGACUUGUGGCUGUCGUACUGGGUGACGCACGCUAACGCCACAGCGGCUAAUUCAACCGACACGUCCAGACUUGGGAAAUUGCAGCUCUAUUACGACAAUUACGGCCUCCACGAUACGAGGUAUUACUUAAUAGUUUACAGCCUGCUGGCUGUAUUCAAUUCCAUCUUCACUCUAAUUAGAGCUUUCAUCUUCGCGUACGGUGGGCUACAAGCAGCCAUAACAAUGCACAAGCAACUCGUAAGGAUAGUUAUGCGGGCAAGAACAAUAUUUUUCGAUAUUCAACCGGUCGGUAGGAUCAUAAAUAGAUUCUCGUCCGAUACAUAUACGAUCGAUGAUUCUUUGCCUUUUAUUUCUAACAUUUUGUUGGCGCAUCUGUUUGGCUUGGUUGCUACCAUUAUAGUUACAGCUUAUGGACUACCGUGGAUCUUCCUGGUAUUAGCACCCCUUGUACCCGUUUAUCAUUGGAUCCAAAAUCAUUACAGAUUAACGUCGAGAGAGGUAAAACGAUUAUCCAGUGUCACGCUGUCUCCCUUGUACGCCCAUUUCAAUGAAACUUUGAGCGGCCUGACGAGCAUUAGAGCCUUCCGCACCGUACCUCGCUUCAAACAGGAAAACGAAUUGCUACUGGAAGCCAAUCAGAAAACGCAGUUUGCCUCUAUAGCCGCCGCUCAGUGGCUCGCACUGAGAUUACAGUUUAUCGGUGUCGCCCUUUUGGCCGGAGUCAGCAUUAUGGCAGUUUUACAACAUCAAUAUAACAUAGCCGAUCCUGGUUUAAUCGGUUUAGCGAUCACGUACGCGUUGUCAGUAACGGGAUUGUUAACUGGGGUGGUGAACUCCUUUACUGAAACUGAGAGAGAAAUGAUUGCGGUGGAACGAGUCAAGCAGUAUUUAGAUAACAUUCCGAUCGAGAACACAAUGGGCACUAACCCGCCUUACGCGUGGCCUAGUCAGGGUGUUAUAGAGUUCAGAGAAGUCGUUUUGAAGUACAGAGAUCACUUGGUGCCAUCGUUGAGGGAAGUAACGUUUGUCACGCGACCAGCGGAGAAAAUAGGCGUCGUUGGUCGAACCGGUGCUGGAAAGAGUUCAUUGCUAGCCUCAUUAUUCAGACUAACAGAGAUCAAUUCUGGAAGUAUAUUAAUUGACAAUGUGAAUAUUCAAUCGUUGUCACUGAAAGCGUUGAGAUCCCGUCUAGCUAUUAUACCUCAAAACCCGUUUCUCUUCUCGGGUACCAUUCGAGAGAACGUGGACCCGCUGGAUCAGUACACCGACAUGCAUAUAUACAAGACCCUCGAGAAGUGUAGAGUGCAUUCUUUAGUUUAUCGAUUGGGUGGGCUGGGCGCAAUCUUGGACGAAGGUGGCAGUAAUCUCAGCGCCGGUCAGAGACAAUUGUUCUGCUUAGUCAGGGCUGUGCUGCAUAACGCUAAGAUUGUCUGCAUUGACGAGGCCACCGCGAAUGUAGAUCAGGAGACGGACAAAUUUAUUCAAGCGACAAUAAAGUCUUCCUUCCAAAGUGCGACAGUCAUUACGAUUGCCCAUAGAAUAAGAACGAUUAUGCAUUGUGAUAGAGUUCUAGUGAUGGGGGACGGUGAGGUGCUGGAAUUCGACGAGCCGAAUUUAUUGAUUCAGAAUGCCGAUUCCUACUUUUACCAGUUGGCUAGCCAAGAAUUUUCGGAUCAAGAGUGAUGAAGCGCACGAGGCAAUUUGAUUGUGUGUAAUAAAUACAUCUAGUAUUAAACACGGUGAUUAUAUACAUAUAAUGCAUUGUGUGCACGAUAGAAUAUUUCCAGAGAGACGAAUUAUUUUCGUAUGAAUAUGACAGGAUUUUACGUUUUUCUUUAAGAAAAAACUAAGAGUGACAUCUAUGAAAGAUACAUUUUUAUUUAUGAACUAUUUAAUGUAUAUUAAUAUUACGACUGUUACUUUAAAUAACUAAUUUAAUAAAUA